AUGGCUCUCAUGGCGAGCCUGACGCAGGCAGCUUCCACCUACAAUCUUGUUGAUACCUUCAACUCAACCAACUUCUUCCAAGAAUUCGACUUCUUCAGCCAGCCAGACCCAACAAACGGCUUUGUCCAGUACGCACACGCUGCUAUAGCAAGCAGCCACCGACUGGCAGGCUACUCCCAAGGUGGCAUCUAUCUCGGCGUUGAUUACGCCAAUAUUACUACCAAAGGGCGCCCAUCGGUCCGUGUCACCUCCAAAAAGGCCUACACCAAAGGCUUGUUUAUCGCAGACAUAGCCCACAUGCCGGCGGGCCCCACCGAUGCCGACUCGUGCGGGCUCUGGCCGGCAUUUUGGAUGUUUGGCCCCAACUGGCCUAACUCAGGCGAGAUCGACAUCAUCGAGGGUGUGAACACGCAGUCAGUUAACUCGAUCACGUUGCACACGGGGCCAGGCUGCUCCAUGAGCACCGGCAACACCAGUGGCACCGCAUCUCCUUUGCUCGACUGCCAAGGAUUCGAAGGUUGCACGUAUCCAAGCGACGACGACGACGUCAACAACAACAACAACAAACCCACCACCACCACCAGCUCCAACUACGGCGCAGGCUUCAACGCCAUCUCCGGCGGAGUGUACGCGGUGGAGUGGACCGACGCCGCGAUCCAGGUAUGGUUCUUCCCGCGCAACUCGGCCCAAUGCCAGCGCCUGCAGCAGGGGGGUUCGGACUCAGCGUCGGCACCGUCGCCAGAGACGUUUGGCCCGCCACUGGCCGCCUUUUACGGCGGAGCCGCCUGCUCCAUCCCGGCGCACUUUGCACAGCACAACCUGGUCUUCGACACCACCUUCUGCGGGGACUGGGCCGGCCGUGUGUGGGCCAAAGACGCCACCUGCGCUGCGCUGGCCGCGCGCUGCGAGGACUACGUCGGCGCCAACCCGGAGGCAUACGUGCAGGCGUAUUGGCUGGUUAAUGAGAUUAGGGUGUAUCAGGUUGCGUAG